UUUUUUAGUUUUUUUCUUUUUUCUUUCAGAGACCAGAAUUCCAAAUCUGAACUAUUUAGGGUGAUAAGCUGCGAUCUUUGAGCUAGCUAAAAAUAAGACAUUUCAACAAACAACUUAAAUUUGGGGUAGAGGAUACAAAGGCGUGAGACAUCAGGUUGUUGUUUUUUUUUUAUCAUAAGAUUCUGGGCCUAAAAAUAAUAAAUGGGGGAUUACGGGUUUGGAGUGCUAGUGCAAAGCAAUACUGGGAAUAAAUCUGCUUUUCCAGUCAGAUUCCAUCCACAUCUGCAGCCUCCACACCAUCACCAAAAUGCCACCCCCAGCCCCGCUGCUUUUAUAAAUAAUAACACAGCUGCCAAUGGCAGCAGUGCCGGGUCAGCUUGGCUCUUUCCUGCUCCGGCUACCCAUAACAUUCAGGAUGAGAUCUUGGGAUCAGAAAAGGCAAAAAGUCAGCAACAGGAACAGCAAGACCCUUUAGAAAAGCAGCAGCUCUCCCCCAGUCCAGGUCAGGAAGCUGGAAUACUGCCUGAAACUGAGAAGGCAAAAUCUGAAGAAAAUCAAGGGGACAAUUCUUCAGAAAAUGGCAACGGGAAGGAGAAAAUAAGAAUUGAAUCACCAGUGUUGACAGGGUUUGAUUAUCAAGAAGCCACGGGGCUAGGUACUUCAACCCAACCCUUGACAUCUAGCGCAUCGUCUCUUACUGGUUUCAGUAACUGGUCAGCAGCGAUAGCGCCUUCUUCCUCUACAAUCAUCAAUGAAGAUGCAAGUUUCUUUCACCAGGGAGGGGUCCCGGCUGCUUCGGCUAAUAACGGUGCUCUGUUGUUUCAAAAUUUUCCCCAUCAUGUCAGCCCUGGCUUUGGAGGCAGUUUCUCUCCUCAGAUCGGGCCUCUCUCACAGCACCACCCUCAUCACCCUCAUUUCCAGCAUCAUCACAGCCAGCAUCAGCAGCAAAGGAGGUCCCCUGCCAGUCCCCAUCCCCCACCUUUCACACAUAGAAAUGCUGCUUUUAACCAGCUGCCUCAUUUGGCGAAUAAUCUUAACAAGCCCCCCUCUCCAUGGAGCAGCUACCAGAGUCCCUCUCCUACACCAUCUUCUUCCUGGAGCCCAGGAGGUGGUGGAUAUGGUGGCUGGGGAGGUUCCCAAGGCCGAGAUCACCGCAGAGGGCUGAAUGGAGGAAUAACGCCCCUGAACUCCAUCUCGCCUUUGAAGAAAAAUUUUGCAAGCAAUCAUAUUCAGCUCCAGAAGUACGCUCGCCCCAGCUCUGCCUUUGCUCCUAAAUCCUGGAUGGAAGAUAGCUUGAACAGGGCUGACAACAUUUUUCCUUUUCCGGAUCGCCCCAGGACUUUUGACAUGCACUCACUGGAGAGUUCACUCAUUGACAUAAUGAGAGCUGAAAAUGAUUCGAUUAAAGGUCGUCUAAACUAUUCAUAUCCAGGAUCCGAUAGCUCUCUGCUUAUUAAUGGUCAGUCUUCACUGUUUCCAAUGGAAGAUGGAUUCUUGGAUGAUGGCCGUGGGGAUCAACCUCUUCAUAGUGGCCUGGGUUCACCUCACUGCUUCACUCACCAGAAUGGAGAAAGAGUAGAACGAUAUUCUCGCAAGGUGUUUGUGGGCGGAUUACCUCCUGACAUCGAUGAAGAUGAGAUCACAGCUAGUUUUCGUCGCUUUGGCCCUUUGAUUGUGGAUUGGCCUCAUAAAGCAGAGAGCAAAUCCUAUUUUCCUCCUAAAGGCUAUGCAUUCCUGCUAUUUCAAGAUGAAAGCUCUGUUCAGGCUCUCAUUGAUGCAUGUAUUGAAGAAGAUGGAAAACUCUACCUGUGUGUAUCAAGUCCCACUAUCAAAGACAAGCCAGUACAGAUUCGGCCUUGGAAUCUCAGUGACAGUGACUUUGUGAUGGAUGGUUCACAGCCUCUUGACCCACGAAAAACUAUAUUUGUUGGUGGUGUUCCCCGACCAUUGCGAGCUGUGGAGCUUGCCAUGAUAAUGGACCGGCUGUAUGGAGGCGUGUGCUAUGCUGGGAUUGAUACCGACCCUGAGCUGAAAUACCCAAAAGGAGCUGGGCGAGUCGCAUUCUCUAAUCAACAGAGUUACAUAGCUGCUAUCAGUGCCCGCUUCGUGCAGCUGCAGCAUGGAGAGAUAGAUAAACGGGUGGAAGUUAAGCCAUAUGUCUUGGACGAUCAGCUGUGUGAUGAAUGUCAGGGGGCCCGUUGUGGGGGAAAAUUUGCUCCAUUUUUCUGUGCUAAUGUUACCUGUCUGCAGUAUUACUGUGAAUAUUGCUGGGCUGCUAUUCAUUCUCGCGCUGGCAGGGAAUUCCACAAGCCCCUGGUGAAGGAAGGCGGUGACCGUCCUCGACAUAUUUCAUUCCGCUGGAACUAAAGGAUAACUACAGUGCUCAUUUUCAGGCCUCAGAAUAAGUGCACUCUUCUGUUAAUUCUGCCCCCUUCCUCAACCUCUUCAUGCUGGCAUGUCCUUUUGUGCAGUCUGUAACUUAACAAUAAGUCUAACGGAAAGAAUGACCUAUAAUAUAGGCGUUUUGUAGAUUCUUGUGUCACUGAAAACAAUAUGUAUGAACUCCUUUUUCGUAUUGCCAUCAUGUUGCAUGGAAGUUUCAUUCUCUUGUUUUGCUGGAGACCAAGAGGAUCCAAACUUCCCGCAACAUUUUCUUAGAGGAGAGAGAGAAAUAUUAAAAGAGAAAUGAAACAAUAGAGUAUUUUGGGUUUUUAAUUAAAUUAUUGUUAAUAAUGUAACAGAUAAGAAUACUUUUAUUAAAAUAACCACAUAACAAUAACACUAUCAAUCUCUCCUGACGCGGGGUUUCCCCCAGGGAAGUGCUUUUGCCUUUCUCUUUCUUUUCUUUCAUAUUUUUUGCCUCUCUCUUUUUUUCCGUCCCCUUUUUAUUCUUUUAACAGCAGUGGAAGAAGUUAACAAUUAUUAACAAGAAAGAGUGUGUUAAAGCAAACACAAAUGCAUGAGCAAGAUUGAAGCAGCAUUAUAACUAAUUUUAAGGGUUUAGAGGCGGAAUGUAAUUUCAUUAUGCCGCAAAGUUACUACCACAUCAGAAAAAAAAAAUAGUAAAGUAGGCAGAGCUAGGUUUAUUUUCUUUUAAACAGGUUUUUAAAUUUAGAAUAUAAAAAUUGGGUACAUUUACUUCUGAGGGGAGUGCACUUAUUUAUUUUUAAACUUUUACUUAUCUGGUCACAGCCCCAGGAAACCUACCAAAGCUAGAGUUAAUGACAACUGGUGGGAAAACUAGCAUUUCCUCUCCUAAAGAACAAAUAUAUAAAUUUUAUUUUUGAUGUUAUAUAUAAACUCUAUAUCCUAAUUUACUAACACUCAUCAGGUGUCAGCCUUUGCUCUCCAUUUUGACGUUAAAAAAAAACAGAUCUAGAGAUACCUCAAGGAUAUCAUUUUUGAUUUUGUGUUAGACUACCAUGUGUAGCCAAAACUGGAAGACAAAACCAAUAUUCAAAUUGGCUGCUGAUUGGCUUACUUUUAGAUUUAAAGUUACUUUGGGUAUCCUGUAAUUUAGUUGUAACAUAGAAAAUGAAAAAAAAAAAGUUAAAAAAAAAGUUAAGUAGUUGCAAAGUGUUUUGCACUGUUGAACUAAGUAACUGUGUAAAUCUGUGCAAAGGUACGUAUGUUUAUCUUACUCUUCCUAUAAAAUAAAAUAACAUUACAGUUUCAGAACUUAGCAUGGGACAUAGUCAGUGUUUGAAGUGCCAACUUCAUCAAGUAAUGCAUGCUUUAUUAUAAACAAAACUAGCUUUUGAAAGGCGUUAUGAUGUGUUGAACAGUAUGCUUCAGGGGUAAAUUGAAAAGUCUCUUGAAGCCCUGGUCAUGGAAAUAACUUUUAUUUUAAUGGACAUUCUCUUAUGAAAUGCCCUAUCCACCAUGAAAAGGAUUAUCAUCAGUGUGCAAAACAUUAAAAAAAAAAAAAAAUCUAAUGGCAAUCUUGCUAGUUGUGCUACCUAACAGUACCAUCUUGGAUCCUUCAAAACCAAAGACUUGCCCCAGCAGUGCGGUGGAACCACCUGGCUGAUGACCCCUACUGAUCACCUUUAGGAAAAGCAGUCCUUUAUUUUUAAUCCAGGCUUUAAUGAACUAUAUACCUGUUAAGUUCCAAAGGUCAAAAUGGAGGCAUUUGCUGUCUAAUAGAUACAGAAAGGGAGCUGCUUUUAAAGAAUCCCCUGCAAAUAUUGAAAGCGGUCAUGUGAAUGGAGGGUGCUCUUGCGUAGCUGGUCAGGGACUUUGUUUUCUUUUCUCCUGAACGACAUAAUUCUAAUUGGAAUGUUCAUUUGCCUCUUUUUAUUCUUUUCAGUGCUUGUAGGUGGCUUGGGGUGUGCUAUCGUGCUGUUCCUACCCAGUAAACAGGUGUGAUGAGCUAACAAGAAAUAAGAACUAGCUUUGAAUAAUAAUUUUUCCCUUUGUACAUGACCUGCUGAAUUUCGGUACAGUGUUUUUGUAGCUAACUUAUUUUGUCAUGCACAUAAUGUAUAUUUGUUAUGCACUACUUUUGUAUAUCUUGUUUUUCCAACAGUGAACAUUUUUAGGCACACUUUUCACUGACGGGAUAUCUCUUUAUGCAAUACCUCAAUUUUUCAUAUUGCAAAGAGUAGCUUUUUGUACUUUUAUUACUGAGAGAUCUUCAUAUACUUCAUUUUUUAAUAUAAAUAAUUUUAAUAAAUUUUAUUUUCUUAUAUUCUGCUUUUUAUACAUUUCAGUGCUCUGCAUACAUUUUAAAUUAUGAAUGUUGUGCACUGGCAAUGCUAUUUUAGAGUCUGCAGAGAAGAGAAAGCAUGUUGCUUAAACAUCCUUCCCCAGCACCAGCUAUUGGUGUACCUAUAAUUUAAGAAAUAGUCUAUGUAAAGUCACAAAUUAAUGAAAAAAAAUUCGCAUGAAAAUGACAGAUAACACUGUAGUUCCUAAAAAAAAAAAAAAAAAAAUUAAAUGCAUAAGCAUAGGGUAGAAAUUUAAAAUAACAAAAUUGUCUACAGCUUCUUACUAAGUUUUUAAAAUUAUUCAUAAUGCAGACAUUUUUGGUGAAUGUUUAGCCAUUUUUAAUAUUAAUAAAUUGGUGUUAAGUGUUUGAUUCAGAGAUGUCUGCUCUUUUAAAUUAUAUAUAAAGAAAACAAAAUAGCCUGCCGUGGGACAGGUGUGUAAUGUUAGUAUGCAUGACUAAUGUAAGAAAUUGUUAUUCUACUAAUAUUUACUUGUGAUUGUGUGACAAGCGUGUUUACAGAUUAUUUGGUUACACUUCAAUUUA